AUGGGAGGCUGGGCACCGGUCACAGCAGUCACCAUAGCGGUAUGGAAGAAGUCGGGCGGCGGCGGCGCGGCCUUGCAAGACGUCCCGCUAGUCACCAAGGCGGAUGAUAGUGACGCAUCUGACCUAGAGAUCAGCGAGGAGGACCUGGAAUUCGUCGAGAAACACCGGCGUCGCCUGGGCUUCCUGGAGAAGCUCGACCAAAAAGAGCUCGAUAAGUCCAUUCGUGACAAGCAGGAGCAGCAGGCCAAGGAGGCGGCGGCAGCACGGCAAAAGGCAGCGGCGGCGGCGGCGGCAGCAGCACCCGAUGCUGGCGGCAGCGAUGACGCUGAUGAGAGUGAUGAUGACGCUGAGGAACAGCGGGCCGACGGCGAUAUGGAGGAGGAAGAGGAGGAAGUGGGCGAUGAGGAGGCGGCAUAUGAGAAGGCGCCUCGCCGUGUGCGGGAAGACCCGAGGGGGAACAAGGCCGGCUCUGGAUUGCCCAUCAAGACGCUGACGGGGAACGUACUGUACGAUAAGGCGGCGGAAGGGGAGGACGCCGCCGCCGGGCGCCGUAAGCGGGGUGCGACGGAGCAGCAACGGGCGGCGGAGAUGGAGGCGGCGCUGGCGGCCGCGGCUGCUAUCCAGGUGGAGGGCGUCACCAUCACUGACGACAUGGAGGCGGCCCUGGCGGACAGCAAGCGCAAGGCGACGGAGGAGGAGGAGCGCAGGGCUCAAAAAGCGGCUAAGAAGGCGGCGGAGGCGGCUAGGAAGGCCGAGGAGUCCUCCCUGCCUCCCGCCCUGCGGGGUCUGCAGCUCUCCUCCCUGACCCCCUCGGAGCGGAGGUCCCGGCUGCAGGAGGUGAUGGCGGCGGCGGCCAACCAGUUGCUGACGGCGCCGGAGAGCCGAGUGGGGGAGCUCCGGACGCUGCAGGCGCUGGUGGGGGAGGAUGACAGCAUGACAUCCCGUCUAGCGCUGUUAUCUCUGUACGCCGUGUUCAAGGAUAUCCUUCCCGGCUACCGCAUACGGCCGCCCUCGGAGAAAGAGAUGGAGGUCAAGGUUAGCAAGGAGGUCGCCAAACUACGAGAGUACGAGCAAACGCUACUCAAGUCGUACCAGACCUACCUGCGCUCGCUGCUGGACGCAUCUCGGUGUGUGGAGAGAGGUACGGGCACGCUGUCUCACGCCCGAGUUGCCGUUCGGUGUCUGGCCGGGCUGCUGACGGCACACCCGCACUUCAACUACACGUCGGACAUCUUGCAGGCAAUUGUUCCCCGCAUGUCCUCCUCUGACCCGGAAAUCCGCUCCCUGGCGUGCGAGGCGGUUCGGGUUUUGCUGCUGGGGGGGAGCGGCGGGGAUGAGGGUGGGGCGGGUAAGGCGGCACUGGAGGCGGUGCAGCUAAUUGCCGACAUGAUCCGCAAGCGCAAGUGUGUGGCGCCGCCGGAGACCGUUCGGACGUUGUCGGUGCUCAAAUUCCUCGACGUGGUCCGACAGGGCGGGGGGGAGGACGAGGAGGCGGGUCCGGGGGGGAAGAGGAAGAAAGGUCGCAAGGCUGAGAAGCGGGAUGCCAAGCGGCGGCGGAAGGAGGACGACGUGACCCGGACCUUCAAGGAGUCCUCCGCGGGCCCGGACCGGGAGGAGAUGGCCAGGAUACAGAGCUCAAUGCUGGAAGCGCUGUUCGAAAUUUACUUUCGAGUCCUCAAGCACUGCUGCGCGGUGGGGCUGUCGGCGGGGGCAGCAGCGGCGGCAGCAGCAGCAGCCGGUGGGGGUGGCAGUGGAGACGGCGAGGUGGAGAGCGGGGGCGGUGGGGGGGGUCCUCGCGUCCCCAGCGCCGGUCUGAGCCCCCCUUGGAGCCGGGCCCGGCUGCUGAAGAGGUGCCCGCUGCUGCUUCCGGUGCUGGAUGGUCUGGCCAGGUACACUCACCUCAUCUCCGUGGACUACAUGAACGACCUGUUGGCGGUGUUCAACGAACUGCUGGCCGCACCCGCACUGCCCCUGCCAGAGAGGCUGAGGCUGCUCGCCACGCAGGCGGCGCUGCUCAGGGGCCAGGGCGAGGCGCUGAACGUCGAUCGGCGGGAGCUGUACGUGCAGCUGUACGACACGCUACUGCAGGUACCCUUUCACUCCCUAGUGACUGACGACGCAACCAAUCGUCAAGCGCAGCACGCGAAGCAGGACCCCCCAAACAGCGUCCCACCCGCCGCCGACAAAGCCACCAGUAAUGGAAUAGUUGCCGGUGCUGGUGACGAAGAAGGCGAGGAUGACAACGAUGAGGAUAUUGUCACGGCGGCGGCAUGUGACCAGGCGGUCGAGGCAGCGGCGGCGCCGCCGCCGCCGCCAUCGCAGGCGGGGACGCUGGCAGUCGCCGCCGACUCCCAAGACCAGCUCUCCUUCUCCUCAUCAUCCGCUCCCAGCGUUGCGGUAUUGCUGGCUGGCGUGUUGGAGUCCUUACUUUGCGAACCCAAGAUGGCGGACAUGCAGCGCACGGCGGCGUUUGUGAAGCGGAUGGCGAGUACGGCACUGCUGGCGGGACCGGGGGAGGCUAUGGCGCUAUGGGCUGCGAUUGGCAGGUUACUCCGGCGGUAUCCAAAGCUCGCUCAUAUGCUCGAGUACGAGGGCGAGGCGCCUACUGUGGGCGGCCGUACGUAUGAUCCGUACUGUGCCGACCCGUCGGAGGGAGGCGGCCUGGCCACGACGCUGUGGGAGAUCUGCCUCGUGUCAGGCUGCCCGGAGCCCCACUACCAUCCCCACCUGGCGCAGGCGGCGGGCUCGCUGCUGGCGCUCAGGCCAGGUGCCGCGGCGGCAGCGGCCGCCGCUGGCGGCGCUGUGCAACUUACGGGGCCGCUGGGCACGCCGGCGACGAUUACGGAGCUGGCGGCAGCGUACGACGCGUCGCGGGGACUUGUACGGCCGCCGCCGCCGCCUCCGGCGAAGGCCGUCGCGGGGAGGAAAGGCAGGGCAGGGCGGCGCGGCGGUGCCGCCGCUGCCGCGGCGACGGCGCCGCCGCCGGAAUUCUUCCAAGAGCUCGAGGCACUUGUAGCUGAGUACGGCACUGCCGACGGCUGGGAUGGUCCAUCCGAUUUCGAGGCCCAGGACGACGAGGCGUGCGACGCUGAUGAGGACGGGCCAGGGCGAGACAACGACCGGACGGGCCAGGCGGCGGCGUCGGGACCUGGCCCGGCGGGGGCAGCAGCAGCCCGAGCCGCGCUGCGGGGGAUGUUUCUGGAAUCCCGGCGCUUCCACCGCAACAAACAGCUGCGGUUGGACAAGGCGCUGUUGGUUGAGCAGCUAAAGCGCUUCCACAUUCACUUGCAAAAGCGCCAGGUGGCGGAGGCGGAGGCCGCAGCAGCCGCCGCCGCCGCAGCAGCCAAAGCCUCGGCAGCAGUAGCAGCUAAAGGGAAAAACAGCGGUGGGGUUGGAGGAGUGGCCACCGUUGCCAGGUCAGCUCCAGCUGCCCAGCAGCAGCAGCAGCAUCAAAAGAAGGGCGGGAAGGCCGAAAAGAGGGCUGCAGAAAGGCAACAUGACCACCAAAAGCAGCAGCAUUCUCAGCAAGUAGAGAAGCCGUCGCAGGUCGGGGAGCAGAAGAAGCAAAAGCAUCAGCAGGCCAAGCGGUUAAAUGGGGGGGAUACGGGUACACGGGCGGUUAAGCGGAAAUGACGGGGCGUUCGCGCUGGGUAGGACCCUGGCUUUGUUGGGGCCCAACUGAGGCGUUGCGCGGGUGCCGUGUGCUGGCUUGGACUCACGGGUCAGUCGGCCGCGUUGGAGAGGGAAGCGCAAUUUGGGUGUUGGCGGUGUUGUAACAGCCAUAAUCGGGUACAACCAUGGCGCCUUUGCCCUGGUUUCCUUUGCG